ACUACUCCAAAUAAACCUUUGAUUAUAAGAAACCCCUACUCAUCAUAAAAAUCUCAAAAUAAAAAAUUAAAAAUGAGUAGCCAAACGAAAUGCCGCAAGCAGAUCCUGCUAACUUCUAUCUACGUUACCUUUCCGUCUACUGCAAUAUGACUUAACCCAACUUUUCCAAACUCUUUCACAGUCACCCAACCAAUCCUCCCCACGCCAAUCCAUUUCUUACAAGCAUCACCCUCCACCCCCAAUCUAUAAAAAUCACCCCCUACAUCUUCACACGAUACCUACAAAAAUGGAGUCUUGGAUUCCCGUCGACUUCGACAGCCUCGCCGAUGCCUCCUCGCCCGAGAAGAAACUCACCGUCGUCGCCCUCCGGCUCGCCAUCCUCGAGAAGGCGGCCUGCGGCGUUGGCGCCCUUGGCUUCAUAUGGGCCACAGUUGUUCUCUUGGGAGGCUUCGCAAUUGCGCUCCAGCGCACGGAUUUUUGGUUCGUUACCGUUAUAUUGCUGGUGGAGGGGGCUCGAAUAUUCAGUCGGAGUCAUGAGCUGGAGUGGCAGCAUCAGGCGACGUGGUCGUUGGCUGAGGCCGGCGCGCUUAGCUUUCGUGCUAUUCGGUCAUCUUCUCGCGGCGCCGCGCGAGCGUUUCGGUUUCUGUUUGAGACUUCUGGGCCGAGAGGGGCUGUUGUGGGGACCUCAGCAAAUCGCACCGGGCAAUCACGGGAAUCACCUCGCCACCCCAACGGCGGCUGGGUGUUCAUCUCAAGCAACAUAAGCCGCCUACUCUACUGGCUUCAACUAAUCUCCGCCACCGCCUGCGUCAUCCUCUCCUUAAUGCGCCUCGUCCAACAAGACUACGGCGAGGUCUCCGCCGCGGCCGACGAAACAGAAAAGCAAAACCGCGGACCAGCUCUCAACAUCUUCUACAGUCUCGCUCUUUCCGAAGCCCUCCUCUUCCUCGCCGAGCGAGCAUACUGGGAGUGGAAAGUCAGCCGUUGCCUCCUCCUCGAAGAAGCGAACCGGGAGUGCGGCCUCGGCCCGGCCGGGCUGGUUUCGGUUCGCCGGUUCUUCUAUGACGCCUAUUCCCGCUGUAUAAACGGAAGCAUUUUUGACGGGAUAAAGAUGGAUAUGGUGAGUUUUGGAGAGGAGCUUUUGGUUUCGGGUUCGAGAGACGAGCAGCUGAUUGGUGUGAGGAUUUUGUUGAGGUUUGCGGAUAAGGCGAUGAGGAGGAUUGGGGCGUCGGUGGCGGUGAUGGAGAGGUUGGUGGAGAUGUUGAAUUGGAAGAGUUCGGGGGAGGAGGAGAUAAGAACGGCGGCGGCGGUGGUGGUUUCGAAAUUAGCUGGGAAGAAACAGAGUGGGAUUAGGGUUGCGGGGAUCACCGGAGCGAUGGAGUCUAUUUCGUCGCUGUUGGAUACCGGAAGUGGCGCCAAUGCCACCAGGCUAGAGGAGAUUAACGGCCGGCAAGUUACAGCAGAUCGGCCGGAAAAAAACCAGCACUCCACCUUCAACCUUCUCGGCCUCCUCAUCCUAAAGAAGCUUGCAAAAGAUCCCGACAACUGCGACAAGAUCGGCAAAACCAAAGGCCUCAUCCCCAAAAUCAUCGAUUUCACCACCGCCAUUGGCCGAAAGAUCCGCCACCAAAAUCCCAUCCCCAGCACCGAUCCAGAAAUCCAGGCGGCAAAACGAGCGCUCCAAGUACUAAAACUGCUCGCCGGCACGACCGGCCGUACUGGCGAGAUUCUCCGGCGAGAAAUUUCGGAAAUCGUCUUCACAAUCAGCAACAUCCGCGAGAUCCUUAAGCACGGUGAGGAUGAGAUUUCGAAGUCCCUGCAGACGAUCGGAGUUGAGAUAAUAACAUUUUUGGCUAUGGAUGAGGCCGCGCGGGACAGUAUUGGGGCUACAGGAGGAAUGAUGAGGGAACUUAUGAGGAUCUUUUUGGAUUGCGCCGGUCCGGCCGUUUCCGCCGGCGGGGACGUAGGUCGGGAUCGCCAUGUGAGGAUGGAGGCAGGAGAGGCGUUGGCGAUGCUUGUGGUGGAGAGCGAGAGGAAUUGUGAGAGAGUUUUGAGGGUUGGAGAGAAUGUGGUGGAGCGGCUUGUUGAUGCUGCUGGAGAUCCUCUGAUCGGAGUGAAGGCUUCGAGGCUGUUGUCCUACCUAUGUGCCUAUGGAGAGGUGGCUAAUGGUUUCCAAAGAAUGAAGGCGGUCAUCAAAGCUUUUCCCAUGGUCCUAAAUGCUAUGAUGAAUGGGGAGCGCAAACAACUUGAGUUUAUCGGAAAUUCGGCGCGGAUCGUCAAAUUCAUGGCCCAAUUGAUUUCAUGA